UGUGUUAGAUGGACCGAUGGCUGUGAUGUGUUGUGGAUAAAAUAGAUUCGCGCCUUGUGUUUUGAGAGGAUUCGCACUUUGCAUUUGCUCUGGAAAUGGCGUGAUCUGUGUCAAGGCAACCAGGAGGGCACAAGAGCAUGGAUCCCCCACAUUGAUGGACCUCAUUGUUUGGAAAAAAGAAUCGAGUCCAAGUUAUAGACCGAGCAAAGCAGAGGCAAGCAGCACUGUAACCAUGUCUCCUCCAUACACCUUAGGCAAUCAGGUGACAGGCAUGUUCUUCUCCUCAAUGAGAGCCUGCGCCGCCGUGGGCUGGUCUCUUUGCUUCUCCCUGCUGCUCCUGGGGAGGGCAGAGGGCUCGGCGCUCAACUGCCACACCACCUGCAUAUGCGCCAGCAACGUGGUCAGCUGCUCCAAGAUGUACCUGACCACCGUACCCACCUCCCUGCCGCCGUACACGGCCGUGCUGGACCUCAGCUACAAUAACAUCACCAAGCUGCGUGCCGAGUGGACACCCGUCAAGCUCUCCCGGCUGCGCAACCUGCUGCUGGGCCACAAUGGGCUGCACUUCCUGUCGUCCGAGGCGUUCGUGAACGUCAAGGAGCUCCGCUACCUGGACCUGUCGUCCAACAGCCUGGACCUGCUGAGCGAGUUCAUGUUCGAGCCCCUGGAGCAGCUGGAGGUGCUGCUGCUCUACAACAACCGCAUCUCGCAGGUGGACCGCACGGCCUUCAACAACCUCAACAGCCUGCAGAAGCUCUACCUGAGCCAGAACCAGAUCUCUCGGUUCCCCCUGGAGCUGGUGAAGGACAAGACGCGGCUGGAGAAGCUGAGCUUGCUCGACGUGUCUUCCAACAGGGUGAAGGUGCUGCCCGUCCAGGAGCUCCAGAACCUGCCGGGCUGGAUCAAGAAUGGCCUGUACUUCCACAACAACCCGGUGCUGUGUGACUGCGAGCUCUACAGCCUGCUGGCACACUGGUACCUGCGCAAGUUCAGCUCGGCCUACGACUUCCGGGACGAGUACACCUGCGUGAUGCCGAGCGACAAGCGGACGGUGGGCGUCUUCGAGCUGAACGUGCAGCUGAACUGCAGCACCUUCAAGGAGGAGGCGGAGGAGACCUACCUGGAGCAGACGCUGAUGCUCAGCUGCGACACCCGGCAGCGGGACAUGAUCAAAACGUGGACACUGCCCGGCAACGUACCGGUGCCGCCAGCGGCUUCGGUCGUCACCAAUAGCAACACGACCGCCGUAAUGCUGGCGGACGGCAAGCUCCAGCUGAGCUCGGUGCGGGCGGAGGACUCGGGCACGUACACCUGCGUGGCCACCAGCGAGGUGCUGAACGAGACGGUGUACGUGGUGGUGAAGGUGCACAACUUCACCAUCAACGGCAACGGGGAGACGCUCAACACAGCCUACACCACCCUGGUGGGCUGCCUGGCCAGUGUGGUGCUAGUGCUCAUCUACCUGUACCUCACGCCCUGCCGCUGCUUCUGCUGCCCCAACAACAAAGACCCCAAGGACCUGCAGGGCCAGAACGGGAAGCUGAACCCCAGCGGAGGAGAGGAGGACGGGGAGGAGGACGGGGACGGACCGCAGGGCAAGGCCCACCGCAAGAAAUCCGUGGCAGAGUCCAUCAGCUCCGUCUUCUCAGACACUCCCAUUGUGGUCUGAGGAGUAGAGGACAAGAUGGAAGGAAGAAAGGAUGGACAGAACAGAAGGAAGGAAGGAUGAGAGGAAGAAAGGAGAAAGAAAGGGACAAUAAUGCUCGUAAGGGUGUUUUUUUUCUUCUUCUAAAGACUGGUCCCAAUUAGGCAGCUAACUUGGGAAACAAUAUGUCCAUCCAGUGUUGGCCGAGCUCAUACUGUGACCUGUAAAAAAAAAAAAGAGUAAAAAAUAAUAAGAGGAGUUGACAUCUGCACAUCCGCUCUCAGCCGUUUGAUUGGCUGCUGGCAGAGGCUGUGCUACCAACCAAUAGCGUUUUAUCUUGUGUCGUACUGUAUGUUGACAGGACAAUACAUUUGAAAGCCUUUCCAGAAUUGCAAUCUGUAGCACUUAAGUAUAUACUGUGAAAAGGCUGGGCAUAUGUGUUAUGUAAUACUAGGAGGUGGUGGGAGACGAAAAGGUGUCGUGUCAUUGGACUGAGACAUGUGUCAAAUGACACUGGGAAGCAAGAACGGACAAUUAUGAAUUAGCUGAGAACAAAAAAGGAGAAAAAAAAUUACAGACAACAUCCAAUACUUUUUUCCCAGCAUGAGCCUUGCAGAGUAAUAUUUAUACUGAGAGGAAUAGCCUGUAGGAAGAAUUCUCAGUAGAUUUUAGCGCACAUGUAUCAUCAUCGUCAUCCUGACUGCUAGCCGACCAUCCUCACCUCGUUUUGUCAGGCCUGUCGAAUCUGUGAGUCAUGUACAGAGGAGGGGCCGUAUACUGACACACAGCAAAAUUUGCAGUGUUGAUCCAACACUUAUUUUUACUUUAUCAUUUUAUCAGAGUGUAUUCGGUCCCAGAGUACUCUCUAAGUGUUGUAUUAGCACUGUAUGUUUCAUACCUACCCACAUUACGUAUCAUACCUACCCACAUUACGUCUCGUGUGUCCUGUGUCUGUCCGUGAGGUUAGGAAGGCAACAAGGUGGAAACGGAUCAAAAAGUAUUUUUUUUUAUGAAGCAGCAAACAAAACCUAUCCAGAAAUAGUUAUUAUCGAUGUUUUUGAGGCCAGAAAUAAGGCUUGUGCUGUUUGGUGUCAAACAAAGUGCAUUGCUGCUCUUUAGGAACACAAAUUGUCAGUGCUGCUCACUCAUGGAAAUGAAAGGGAUUUCUGUUGGAACAUUUUUUUUUACAAUCAAUGCAAUAGUGAAGCCACAUUUAUGUCUUCUUGUUUAUGUGUGAAAAGUUAACCAUGCCAGUCGUAAGGUCAAGUCAACAAAAUAAUUGUUAACGUUUACGGUUACGUAACCAACACACACUGUUGUUCCUCACGUGUAU